AUGGCUGGUAUAAAGCUUGAGCUCUCACAGGCAGAGCUAAACAGAUUUGCAAGCCUUAUGCAAGAUUUUUAUAUGCACUCCGACAACUCUAAACUGCCAGAUCUUUUUAGAUUAUUUGACAGAAAUCAUAAUGGGCUCAUUGAAAGGCUAGAACUUGAAACAGUAAUGCAGCAAGUGUCAGGAGACAAUUCAAGUACUCAAGAAAUCAGAGAAAUGAUAGAAGAAGCUGACGUCAAUCACAAUGGUGUUAUUGAGUUAGAUGAAUUUAUGGAAAUCAUGAAAAAGCACAGAGAUGCUUAA